AUGUCACGAGGUCUCUCCCGAUCCGCGAUCGAAGCCGCAAUCCAAAAAUACGGACCCCAAAUCCAAAUCCAUCCAGAGGAGACAUACCUCCCGUGCUCGGUCGAAUGGUUUCUGGCACACUGUACGCUGGUUGACAGUAAAUACCCAGAGCACAAGAAAGUCCAUCCCCUCGAAACGGAACUCCCGAAUGGUCCUAAAGAAGGAACCCGGUUCUAUCUAGACAUCGAGGAGUCUGUCAAACCUGGAGAUUUACCAACUGCGAAAGCAUACGUAAAUGCAUUUUGGAAACCCGAGCUUACUUAUACCGACCUUCAAUUUUGGAUGUUUUCGGCCUAUAACGGUCAUGGUACAGCCAAGUUCCAGAGCCUGGUGUUUGAUAAAGUGGAGAGAUUUGGAGAUGUUGAUCUUUCGCCUCUAGGAGAGCAUGUUGGCGACUGGGAGUAUGUUGGAAUACGGAUCGAUAAUAUCACCCAAGAGCUUGUGGGUUUGAUUCUCUCAGCCCAUGGCAAGAAUAUUAUCUACGACCAAGCUGCUAUCGCGACCAAUUUUACCAUGGUAGACGGAACGCACCCCGUGAUCUACUCUUCUCUCAAUGGCCACGCCAACUUUCCUUCCGUCGGUCCCAAUUUCACUGAACAUCGAAAGGUCCUUGGUUGGCCCGUAGGAUUGGAAUUUGACCUUCUCAAUACCACUGCUUCUGGUGGUCCUUGCAUAAAUAGUUCAACCGAUUAUGAACUCAUCAAUGCACCAUACCUUACUGAAGAUAAAGUCAUUUGUCCAGCAUGGGUCGCAUAUCCCUAUCGAUGGGGUCCAGAAGGAACAGGAAUACACAUGGACGUCAAGACGUUAUCAGAGAUCAUCAAAGUAGUUAUCGGUGACGAUGAUGCUACAAAAUUGAUUGAUACCCCAAUUGUGUUGCUGGCAAGCGAGUUGUUGCACAUAUUCGUGAGAGCUGAUAUCAAUGGUGCCGGAGCUCCAAUGGGACAGAGUCCAUGGAACGGUAUUUACUUGUAG